AUGGAAAAAACCGAUAUUGAGAAGGCUGAUGUGUCCCACAUUGACUCGACUUCUUUGCGACCAAAAAUCGCAAAGCCAGAGAGCUUGGUUUCUUAUUCUGAUGAGGAAAUUGAUGAGAUGCACAAGAAAGUGACUAGAAAGGUCGACAUGAGAUUACUUCCCAUGCUAGUCUUGUUGUAUAUCUUAAAUUACUUGGACAGAAACAAUAUUGCAUCUGCAAGAUUGGGUGGAUUGGAAGAGGACUUGAAUUUGGUAGGCAACCAGUACCAGACAUGUAUCUCCAUUCUCUUUGUUGGUUACAUUCUUAUGCAAAUUCCAGCGAACAUGUUCUUGAACAAGUUCAAACGUCCAUCCAUCUUUAUUACCUCCAUCAUGGUUGGUUGGGGUGUUAUUUCCACUUGCACUGGUGCUGUUCAAGGCUAUGGUGGAUUGCUUGCUGCUCGAUUGAUUUUGGGUUUCGUUGAAGCUGGCUUCUUCGGAUCUGCACUUUAUAUCUUAUCUUGUUGGUACACUAGAACUCAACUCUCGUUGAGAAACUCGAUCUUGUACUCAGGUUCUUUGCUCUCAGGAGCUUUUUCGGGUCUCAUUGCAGCAGGUAUUGUGGACAACAUGGAUCAUCUUCAUGGAUUGAGAUCUUGGAGAUGGUUGUUUAUCAUUGAGGGUGGUAUUACAGUUGGGCUUGCCCCACUUGCUUACUUUGUUUUGCCAGAUAUGCCCCAUAACUCCAAAAUGUUGACAGAUAUCGAAAAGGACGUUCUUUUGUACAAGAUCAGAUGUGAAACAGGUCAGGAUGACAGUGAUAACAUCAAUGAAGAGUCAUAUUGGGGCGCAUUCAAGUUAUGUGUCAGUGAUAUCAAGGUGUGGGCCUGUGUGGGUAUUCUUUCUUGGUUGGUCGCCGCAGCUGGUGUUACCAACUUCUUUCCAUCUAUUGUUAAGACCUUGAACUUCAGCAAAGUUAUCACGUUAUGUCUUACCGCACCCCCAUACCUUUUGGCAGUUAUUGCAACUUUCUUGUGGGCUCGUCAUGCUGAUAAGACUGGGGAGAGAUUCUACCACGUUGUGUUGCCUUUGUUGCUUGCUUUGGUUUCUUUCAUUAUUGCUGUGUCAACUUUGAAUACCGGAGCUCGUUAUUUCUCGAUGGUAGUGAUGGUUCCUUCUCUCUACUGCUCUUUCACUACCAUCUUGUCAUGGAUGUCAAAUUCCUGUCCUCGUCCUCCAUUAAAGAGAGCUAUUGCUCUCUCAUUGAUGAACUGUUUGUCCAACUCAGCAUCUAUCUGGAACGCAUACUUGUACAAUGAAUCUUCUGCUCCACGUUACGCCACAGCAUUCAUUUGCAACUGCGUUUUCAUCGGUCUUGCGAUUGUUUGUGCAUGUGCAUUGAGAUGGAGAUUGACUCUUUUAAACCGCAGAAUUCAGAGCGGAACCAUGAACUGGGAGAAAGAAUUGGGCAAGGGUAAUGAUGGAUCUCAAGUUAAGGAAGAUUUCAAGUUCUUGAUCUAG